AGGAGGAAUCAAAGGAAAACUUGUCUGGAAUACUGUUCCAAUAGAUUAAGUGUCCAGUGUUACUUACACAAACCAAUAGCAAAUGUUUUGGUUAUUUGACCUAUAAUCUACACAUCAUUAAAUGGCAAAUGCAUAAAAUGUUGUGUUAUUUUAUCAGUUUUCAAGUGCUAAUUUUGAGUAUUAUUUAUUUGUUUAUUUGUAUGCGUCUUUGUCUGCAUUUAAGACCAUUUAUCUAUCAGUCUGACUGACACCCUUACCAUUGCACUGACUAUUGAAACACAGGAAAAACCCAGGUGAAGGAACUGAGAUCCACAUGACACACUAUUAUAAAGAUGCCGUUUAUUAAAGAGGAGAGUGAAGACAUGAAGAUUGAAGAAGCAUUCAGAGUCAAAGAAGAAGAUACUGAGGAACAAACAGACCUGAUGCCACUGAAAGGGAAGAAUCAAGAACUGAAUGAAAAUGAAGAGAAAGACCAGUGUGAGAAACAUUUUGAUUUAAUAACUGUAAAACAAUCUUUAAGUUACUCAAAGACUGAAAGGACUUCUUCACAAAAAAGAGAUCAAACAACAGGAAAAAUGAGUUAUUUUAUCUGCAGUCAGUGUGGAAAGAGUUUCAGUCACCUUGGAAACCUUAAAGUCCACCAGAGAAUUCACACUGGAGAAAGAUCUUUCAUCUGCCAACAGUGUGGAAAAAGUUUCACUCAAAAAGGAAGCCUUAAUGUACAUAUGGGAAUUCACACUGGAGGGAGCUCUUUUAUCUGCCAACAGUGUGGAAAGAGUUUCAGUCACCUUGGAAACCUUAAAGUCCACCAGAGAAUUCACACUGGAGAGAAGCCUUACACAUGCCAUCAGUGUGGAAAGAGUUUCACUCAAAUAGGAACCCUUAAAGUCCACAUGAGGAUUCACACUGGAGAAAGCUCUUUCAUCUGCCAACAAUGUGGAAAAAGUUUCACUCAGAAAGGAAGCCUUAAUGUACAUAUGGGAAUUCACACUGGAGGGAGCUCUUUCAUCUGCCAACAGUGUGGAAAGAGUUUCACCCAAAAAGGAAGCCUUAAAAUCCACAUGAGGAUUCACACUGGAGAGAACCCUUUCAUCUGCGAUCAGUGUGGGAAAAGUUUCAGUCGAAAAGAGUCCCUUACAACUCACAUGAGAAUUCAUACUGGCAAGAAGCCUUACGUAUGCCCUCAAUGUGGAAAAAGUUUUACACAUAAAGUAACACUUAAUGCUCAUAUGAAAACUCACACUGGAGAGAAGCCAUUCAUAUGUGGUCAGUGUGGGAAUAGUUUCAGAUGUAAAUUAAACCUAAAUAAGCACAUGAGGAUUCACUCAAGAGAAAUCUAUUUUAUAUGUCAUCAGUGCGGAAAACAUUUCAUAGAUGAAAAUCACCUUAGGAAUCACGUAGUAAGUCACACUGGAAAGAAGUCUUUUAUGUGCCAUCACUGUGGAAGGUCUUGCACAAACAAGUCAAACCUUGUGGUUCACAUAAGAAUGCACACUGGAGAGAAGCCUUUCACAUGCAUUCACUGUGAAAAGAGUUUCAAAAAUCAAGGAGUUUUGAAUCGUCAUUUGCAAACUCAUUCUGAAAAGAAAUUGCAGUGUUCCUCAGUGUCACACUGUUAACACAAUUUCAAAAAUCACUUGUGUGUUCAUUCUGGAAGAAAACUCAAAGUACAAUGUGGUAAGAAGAUGUGUAAUAAAAAAAAAAAAUAGUUUGUCUUAAUAGUAUCUUCCAGAUACACCUGAGAAGUCAUGUGGAUGUGAGAUUCUGUUUGUAGGUCGACAAUGUUAAAGGGAUACUCCACCCCAAAAUGAAAAAUUUGUCAUUAAACACUUACCCCCAUGUCGUUCCAAACCCAUAAAAGCUUCGUUCAUCUUCGGAACACAAAUUAAGAUAUUUUAGAUGAAAACCGGAAGGCCUGUGACUGUCCCAUUGACUGCCAAGUAAAUUACACUGUCAAGGUCCAGAAUACUCCAUCUACCAUCAGUGAUUCAACCGCAAUGUUAUGAAGUGACGAGAAUACUUUUUGUACAGAA